GGUGGAGACCUAGACUUCAAAAUUCAGGAGUACAAAGAAUCUGGGAGGAUAUUCACUCAAAGACAAAUAAUAGACUGGUUUAUACAGUUGUUACUCGGAGUCAACUAUAUGCAUGAAAGGUGGAUACUUCAUAGAGAUUUGAAAGCCAAAAAUAUAUUUCUGAAAAAUAAUCUUCUUAAAAUUGGGGACUUUGGAGUUUCUCGUCUUUUGAUGGGUUCGUGUGAUUUGGCAACUACGUUUACUGGCACACCGUACUACAUGAGUCCAGAAGCACUGAAGCACCAGGGUUACAACACAAAAUCUGACAUUUGGUCUCUGGGAUGCAUUUUAUAUGAGAUAUGCUGUAUGAACCAUGCAUUUACUGGACACAAUUUUCUGUCUGUUGUGUUAAAAAUUGUAGAAGGAGAUACACCUUCUCUUCCUGACAGAUAUCCAGGCCAACUGAAUGCUGUGCUGUGCAGCAUGUUAAAUAAGAAUCCUUCAUCGAGACCAUCAGCAGCAGAGAUCCUGAAAACCCCUUACAUUGAUGAACAACUAAAGAAGAUACAGUGCAAGUUCACAAAACUGACUGUGAAAGACAAGGCUUUUAACUGGCAGAAAGGAGCUGCUCCCCUUUUUGAUGCUGUGCAGAGGAAGGUUCAUUUGCAAACUCUGCAGGAACUGUCUGAAGUACAGAAAAUGACACCACGGGAACGGAUGAGGCUGAGGAAGUUAGAUGCUGCAGAUGAGAAAGCCAAGAAGCUGAAACAGCUGGCAGAAGAAAAAUAUCAAGAAAAUAUCAAAAGGAUGCAAGAAUUCAGGUCCCAUCAUUUUCAGCAGCUGAAUGUCAAUGUCUUCCAUGAAUAUGAUGAGCAGACUUCAAAACCCCCGACUCAUUCUCAGGCGGCCAUUUCGUGCGACUGUGAGUCCACAGGACAUGAUGAAACAAGUGGAAACCAGGCAGAGAUCCCUGAAGACCCAGAAAUCGCAGAAGAAUAUUACCAUGAUGAGUUUGAAUCCUAUUCAGAAGGCAGUGAGGAGGAGGAGGAGGAGGGUGCAGAAGCGUCUCAGACUGUCUCUAAGACAAAUCACCAGGACAGUGAUAUCGAGGCCGUGGUCAAGUACUUGGAGAGUGUCCUGAAUAAUAGCUCCUUGGGCUCGGGGACUGUCACCAGAGUGCCUCCAGGGACACCCCAGGGAGCCAGAGCUCUCAACAGCACAAUGGCUGAGACCAGGCUGAAACGCAUGAGGGAGUCUGCCAUCGGGAAGCUGGGAGAGGAUGUGUUUGAGGCUGUGUACAGCUGUCUGAAGCAGGCAAGGCAGCAGAAUGCCAGUGAGGAGGAGAUCAGGAGGCGCCUGGAGAAACUGGUUUCUAGAGCAAGCAUCUGCUUUGAAGUGGAUCAGCUUCUCUACUUUGAGGAGCAGCUACAGGCUGCAGAAUCACAUCUCCAGCUGUAA